GUUUGUCAGCAAACUUCUCAUUUUACUUUCAAGGCCUUCAUUAACAGACAGGGAGUGUCAAGUAGUACCAGAAUCAAGAGACAUAAUGAGCGGAAAGACUGUUUUUGUGUUGUGCCUUAUAGCUUGUGUCUCUCUAGGCGCAUCACUCGCAUCUGCAGAAACACAAACUGCUAGAGAAAAUACGGAGAAAGUUAGCAAAGAUGCCCAAGUAACCGAUAAGAAAGCUGAAGAUGUCAAAACAACUUCUGACGACAACGCUGAUGUCAAUGCUAAUGAUAAAAAUGACGGGAAAGAAAAUGAAGAUGUUGAGGAGCCAGAGGAAGAUGAAGAAAUGUCAGAAGAAGUAGCCGAAGAAGAUCCAGAGGAAGGAGAAGAAGAUGAAAAGGAGAACGAAGAGGAUCCCGAAUUAGCUGAAGAAGACCAGGAGAAAGUGACAACAGAGGAUGAUGGCAAUCAGAAAACUGACAAAAAGAAGGUAGAAGACCCUAAAGAAAAGACAAGUGAUGCGAAGAAAGAUUCUCUGGCGGAAAAUAAAGACGAGGAUGAUUCAGCAAAUGCCGAUGAAAAUGAAGAAAAUGGUGAAGAGGAAGACCCUUCUGAUGAUGACUUUGAGGAAGAAUCUGUAGAAGACCAGUCGGAGGAGCCUGAUAAUGACGAGUCAGACGAUGGGGAAGAUGACAAACCAAAGGAAGAAGGUUCAGAAAGUGAUUCUGAGAAAAAUAAAGCUGAAAGUGAAAAAAAAGACGAUAAAUCUAAUAAAGAUGAAAAGGCAGAAGACAAGAAAGAAACAAGCAAAGAAGAAAAGAAGGAUUCUGCAUAAGAAGUGACACUCUCCUUGGUAAAACCAUUUUCUUUACCAACGCACCUUAUAAGCUUGUCAUGAUAAUCUAUUUAAUUUCAAUCGA